UUCGAUAAAAACAUAGGAUUACGCUAUUUAAUUGAUCAAAAACAUCAACAAAUUAGCGAUGCAUAUUUGGAUUUCGGUACUGAGUAGUUCUUUAAAUGGAACUAUGCAAGCUAAAGGUGUAUACGCAUUUUGCAUUCAUUACUGCCCAUGUUGAGCAUGUACGCAUGCGCUGUCCCAUAUCAGUUAUCGUAGCUUUGAACUGAAAGAGAGACAUUUAAACCGUGAGCUGUCUAGGAAGUCGACAUAGUGUUUAGGCACAGAGCCACUGUUAAAUCAAGGUGUGGGACACUGAACUAUGCAGUAUGUCUCCAAAAGGAACUCCAUUGCCUAUUUUGUCUGUGAAAGAAGUCCCACCUUGACCUCCGCCAAAGAGACAUGCCCACACAACUUUGCUGAAAUAUUGCCCACGGAAAUGAGCUUGAAGAUUUUCAGCGAACUGGACAUUGACAGCUUAUGUAGUGCAUUGUUGACUUGCAAACUGUGGCACCACAUCAUUGAAGACAGUGACCACCUCUGGAGGAAUCACUGCCUGACUGUGCAAGCUUUCUGUCAACAGGAGGUUGAUGGGGACAGACAGUAUGGACUGUCGUGGAAGGUCACCCUGGUGCGGAACUAUAGGAGAGGUUUUCUGAAGAGAGAAUGGUUAAGGGGACGAUACAGCAACAUUCAUUCAGCCGAUGAACUACUGGACAGGAACAUGUGCUCAUUGGAUGUCGAGACAUGGGGUGAGAUUCUGGAAGCAGAGCUGGAGAGAUAGAUGCAAUGCUAUAAAGAGAUAUGAGUGAACUCUUUAGAUUUAAUUUUUUAUACUUAGGUCUUAAGCACUUGAUUUGUUUUAUACAUUUUUUUAUAUAGGAUUAUGGUUAAAUCACAGACUUGUAUAUAUUUUUUGUUAUGCAUUAAUACAGUGGGGAGAACAAGUAUUUGAUACACUGCCGAUUUUGCAAGUUUUCCUACUUGCAAAGCAUGUAAAGGUCUGUAAUUUUUACUGUGAGAGACGGAAUCUAAAACAAAAAUCCAGAAAAUCACAUUUUUUUAAGUAAUUAAUUUGCAUUUUAUUGCAUGACAUAAGUAUUUGAUACAUCAGAAAAGCAGAACUUAAUAUUUGGUACAGAAACCUGUUUGCAAUUACAGAAAUCAUAUGUUUCCUGUAGUUCUUGACCAGGUUUGCACACACUGCAGCAGGGAUUUUGGCCCACUCCUCCAUACAGACCUUCUCCAGAUCCUUCAGGUUUCGUGGCUGUCGCUGGGCAAUACGGACUUUCAGCUCCCUCCAAAGAUUUUCUAUUGGGUUCAGGUCUGGAGACUGGCUAGGCCACUCCAGGACCUUGAGAUGCUUCUUACGGAGCCACUCCUUAGUUGCCCAGGCUGUGUGUUUCGGGUCGUUGUCAUGCUGGAAGACCCAGCCAUGACCCAUCAAUGCUCUUACUGAGGGAAGGAGGUUGUUGGCCAAGAUCUCACGAUACAUGGCCCCAUCCAUCCUCCCCUCAAUACGGUGCAGUCGUCCUGUCCCCUUUGCAGAAAAGCAUCCCCAAAGAAUGUUUCCACCUCCAUGCUUCAUGGUUGGGAUGGUAUUCUUGGGGUUGUACUCAUCCUUCUUCUUCCUCCAAACACAGCGAGUGGAGUUUAGACCAAAAAGCUUGAUUUUGUCUCAUCAGACCACAUGACCUUCUCCCAUUCCUCCUCUGGAUCAUCCAGAUGGUCAUUGGCAAACUUCAGAUGGGCCUGGACAUGCGCUAGCUUGAGCAGGGGGACCUUGCGUGCGCUGCAGGGUUUUAAUCCAUGACGGCGUAGUGUGUUACUAAUGGUUUUCUUUGAGACUGUGGUCCCAGCUCUCUUCAGGUCAUUGACUAGGUCCUGCCGUGUAGUUCUGGGCUGAUCCCUCACCUUCCUCAUGAUCAUUGAUGCCCCACAAGGUGAGAUCUUGCAUGGAGCCCCAGACCGAGGGUGAUUGAUCGUCAUCUUGAACUUCUUCCAUUUUCUAAUAAUUGAGCCAACAGUUGUUGCCUUCUCACCAAGCUGCUUGCCUAUUGUCCUGUAGCCCAUCCCAGCCUUGUGCAGGUCUACAAUUUUAGCUCUGAUGUCCUUACACAGCUCUCUGGCCAUUGUGGAGAGGUUGGAGUCUGUUUGAUUGAGUGUGUGGACAGGUGUCUUUUAUACAGGUAACGAGUUCAAACAGGUGCAGUUAAUACAGGUAAUGAGUGGAGAACAGGAGGGCCUCUUAAAGAAAAACUAACAGGUCUGUGAGAGCCGGAAUUCUUACUGGUUGGUAGGUGAUCAAAUACUAUCAAAUAAAAUGCAAAUGAAUUACUUAAAAAUCAUACAAUGUGAUUUUCUGGAUUUUUGUUUUAGAUUCUGUCUCUCACAGUUGAAGUGUACCUAUGAUAAAAAAUGACAGACCUCUACAGGCUUUGUAAGUAGGAAAACCUGCAAAAUCGGCAGUGUAUCAAAUACUUGUUCUCCCCACUGUAUAUGGCAGGCUAUACUCCAGUAAAAUAUGGAUACUCUUUAAUGGAUUCCUAAAUCAGUGAUACAAUUGUGCCUUCACUACACUGAAUAAAGUGGGGUCAUUAAAAUCA